UUGGCCAGCGGAGCCUGUAGGUUGCGUCUGGUGGAGGGAGAGUGAGCGGGGCUGCCCUGGAUGGACUGACAUAAGAGGGAUUUACAUUUUAACGGGUGUCGUGCUCCGUGAACGACUACGCGGAGCGCCGCGCGGAGACCUGCGUCCCCCGACUGCUCGAUGUGCGUCCACGCUGUCGGUGCGUGGAUCAUGCCCGUGUGUCAUCGCCGUGGGAGGAUUGAACUUGCCAGCAGUCUAUAUUUGCCGAGGAGGGAAACCAAUACGAGGUCUCGCUGUCUCGCUGGAGCGGAGUAUUAUUAGCAGUUCAGACAGUGCAACUGCCUCUCUGUGGUCAUGCACUGCUAUUACAAAGUAACAACAGUAAAAGAGUCAAUGCAAGUUAAAGUUUAAAAGCUAAAACGGAUAAAAUAAUUUAAUUUGCAAAAGAAAAAGAAAACAUUGUGUGCAGAGCAAAGGAAAAACAUUCACCUUGCCCCCAUGCUGGCUGACAGCAGUCCUCACCUCCACACCCUCAGCCAUGCCUGCUUCCACCAAACCCACCAGGAGACAGACACCUGCUCAGCGGAAAAACGGACCGAAAGGUGUCAGCACCAAGAGGCAAACCUGCAACUCAAAUAAACCCAGAGGAAGAGCCGCAGAGAGAUCCCAGAAAGCGCCCGCUGAGCCGAAGCAGUCUGCCACCAGAGCCGAGGCCGGCCGGAGCCCCCGCGGAAGAGGCAGGCCCGCUGGCCAGGGUCCUGGAAGGUCCCCAGGCAGAGGCAACCAAGCCCUAAAUGUAACAGGAUCUGCAAGGCUUAGACGCUCAAGCCAUCGGAGUGACCAUUGUGUUCAGCUGCGAGCCCCCCUGGUGCGUAGGAAGUCUCAGCGGGGCACGCAAGUGUCUGUUACUCCCUGCCAGCCUCCCAAGCCGUGCAGGGGAGGGAAAACUGGCAAGAGGAACACGGGGAGAAGAACGGCGUCACAAAACACAAGCAAUCAGGCAGUGAGUACCAGCGACAACUGUUCACCUGCCAAGGAAAAUAAGCAUUUGGACAACUGUGAUGGUGAUGAUGAUGAUGAUGAUGAUGAUGAUGAUGAUGAUGACGAUGAUAAAAAUCUCCCGGUUCAUCCCAAAACUGAUGUUGAAGUUCCUGCCAGUAUUAAAGACGCAGGGUUUGGAGUCAACAGUGGUAAGGAGGUCAGUCCACUUAAAGCUGACUCGCCGCCAUGCGAAGGCGCGCUGGAAGACUGUGUGCAGCGCAGCUGUGGCCGUCCUGGAGCCCAGCACGGCGGCGAGGCAGCCAGCCGUCACGGCGAAGGUGACCCGGAGUGCGACAUCGAGGCUUCAGUGUGUGACGAUGUUGACGGACAGCGAAAACUCUGCAGCAGCAGGGGUGAAGCUUGUAUCUCGGAGCUAAUGAGCGCCGGCUCAUCUGGCGUGCAGCGCGGCUGUGAGGACAGUGAGAGUUCACCUGUCCUUGGAAAUAAGCUUGAUCAUCACGCCAGUGAUGUUGAGAGAGGUGAUUUGUCUCCUGUUCAGCGAGAGGAGGGUAACAUUUUAGUCUUGAAUGACUGUGGGACUGAGGAGAGAAAGACACCUGUCAAAGAGGAGAUUGGGCACAAUGAAAGACAACGCCUGGAGAUAGAACAGGCUGCUGAGACGACGAAAGAGAGAGAGCAGACUAUUGAGAGGCUGGGAAAUGGUGAGAGUGGAAAGGAACAAAUCAAUGUUAGAGAAAAUUUCAGUUCUGAAAUUUCUGCUGAAUCCCAAACCUGCACUCCAGCCUGUCCUGGCCCGGAUCCGCCUCGCUCUACCGAGGGACUGACGGCACAGUCAGAGUCACCUGCCCGUGAGCUACUGGUCUCCAACACAGCUACCUCAAACUCCACCAAAGCCCUCUCCAGCGCAGAGGCACGCGAGCCAGACGGUCUGAUCCAGGGGAAAGCAGACAUUCAACCUACCGCUGAUGGUGCUAAAUUUCAGUUCUCAAUGUCUCCAGUUGUCCCUGAGGCAGCCCUGAUGGUGCAGACUGUCGUUGUGAAAAGGCACAUGCCAGUUAUUAUCUGUAGAGACUCUCUCAAACCUGAAAGCUUGAGGGAUUCUAGCCACAUUGAACUACACCAACCACAGAGCCAAGAGAUCCCUUCUCCUCUGGGAGAAAGACGAGAUUGUGCGCCACCAAUGACACAGACCAAAGAUGGUAAAUCCAAUCCAGAGUCACUGGAGCACAGCAGAGAGCGAGAGACGUCCUCAACGUCAUUGGUAGUUAGUCAGUGGAGCACAGAUGUCCCUGCUGCUGAGCGUGAACCAAACCUCAGUGAGGACAGAAGUCAGGCAGCAGUGCCGGAGCAGGAGUCAGUGCCAAAGAUCUCCACUCUUUCUCUAGACAGCAGCUCCACCUUCUCCUGCAGCUCGGAGAGCACCCGCUCCUCUUUUUCUUUCGACACUGAAUCAGAAACAGGUUACGGAGAGUCCAGUCCCUCUGUCCUACCGGGAUCCUGGGGCCCGGAGGGGGGCGGUCCAUUCUCCCGGAGAGCAUCGAACUCACAGAGGAAAGAGAAGAAGAAGAGGAGCAGGUGCGGGACGUGCGAGCCGUGCCUGAGGAAGAUAAGCUGCGGCCGGUGCAGCUGCUGCCUCAACCGCAGGACUGGCCAUCAGAUCUGUAAGCUGAGGAAGUGUGUGGAACUAAAAAGGAGAAGAUCGACAUCUCUGCUAGUACACUCCACCGCACAGGUGGUUCCAGAAAGUGGGUCGGUAAAUGGCAAAGCCAAGGCACAGAUGGAUGACACCCACAUGGCAGCAGAAGAAGAUGAGGGGGAAGAAGGCCAUAUACCUCAUACACAAACCCCCCCCAUCACGCACUCGCAUACCCACAACCUGGCCUCAGACCAGACAGGAUGGCCGGCUCUUAUCAAAAGAGAAACCGGGCUGGAGCUGACUGGCAUUGCACUUAACCAUCACAUACGCUCUUCUGGGACUAUUCUGAACGGUUCUGCUGAGAACCUGACGAAACCGAAUGGUGCUAAUACAACCACAGGGUCACACGCAGAGUUGAAGCCUGCUUAUAAAAGGACUACAAAUGCAUCAGAGCCUCAAAGGACUAUAAUAGCUGCAAUCACUAAAGACGGCUCUGUGAAUGGACCAAGGACUCCUCCAGAUGAUAUGUCAGUUCCAAUAAAGAAGAUCAAACUGGAAGAACCUUGGGUGUGGAUGACUGAUAAAACCACCGUACCACUGAGUGAUGAAGACGAAGUAUGUGAAGACCCGCUGUCUACCCUGGCAGCCGUUGUCUGUCUUUCUGUCACAGAGAGGAAGGGACUUGAGGAGAAACUUUUCAGCUCACGUUCUUCCAUCCUUCGCGCCAUCAAAACCGAACCGCCAGAUUCACUCUUUGUCAAAAAAGAGAAAGAUGACUUAAAGAAUGAUUUUUGCCAGAAAAGCAUUCCUAUCAACCAACAAAGGUUCUGCCAAACCAUUAAAAGUGAACCUCCUCCAAGUGAUUUGCUACCAAGUGUGCAGUCUCUGGCAGAGAAAAGGAAUCUCAGUUUUGAUCAGGCUGUUGCUAUCGAGGCCUUGACUCAGCUGGCAGCUAUACCUCACAGCACCCCAGGGUCCAUUAAGGCUGAAAGCGAUUGUGAACAUCCCAUCUCUGCCGCUGCCUUCCAUUCAAACACAACCCAGCAAGGAGCCAAACCCGCUGCAGCGAUCUGCUCCAACAAAGUCUCGGUCAUAAGUUCACCACUACACCAGACGUCAGUCAUACGCCCCCCCGUGGCCAGACAAGGAAAUGUCAUCCAGUGUUCCCGGGGGGUGAGCUCCAAUGCUAAGCUGUCCCUGCAGGACCUUCUGGAGGCCAGUUCAGAUGGUGAUAAAGCAUCCUGCAGGCAAACGGAGCAGAGCUUUGGUUCUUUUGUGAUCAAAUCAGAACGCAGCUAUAAAGACCAGAACGACGUGAAGUUCCAUCAGCGGUUGUGUGUCGAGGACAGAGGUGGCCUCACUGGUAAAGUCAGGAGGAACAGAGAUGAGGAAGAGGUGGCCGCUCAACUCGCAGACCUGGCCUUCAUCAUCCAGUCGAGACACAGCCAGCAGUCAGAAAACAACCCUCCGAGAGGAACACCGGUGUCGGCUAUCAAGUACAACUACAAAGUGCAGCAACUGCCCAGUCAGAAAAAGACUGUUGUGAAAAAAGUAAAAGCGACACCUUCCAAGCCCAGAAAGAAGAAAAGUGAUGGAUUGCAUGAGGGAAUCAACCGCAGAACUCCCCUUUCAAAACGCAUGGCAAACGGAGAGACACCUCACAGAGGCAGAGGCCAGAAGAUUCUCCCACAGGGAAAGUCAGGCAUCCACCACAGUAAGAACCUGUUUCUGCCACAGGCUCAGAUUGAUCUGAAGAGAUACUUGGCUGAGGCUCAGGAGGAAAGGAGGAAACUCAUCCAUAACAGCAGCACACAUAGUGCAGGCCUCUUUGGGCUGCAGAAUUUCAGCACUCUCACGAGGAUUAACCACACAUCUGGUCAAGAAAACCUGUGGUCUCUUUCCAAUGGUCCACUUCACCAAGGCAAUCCAUGCAAUGGUUAUGCUGCAGGACCAGAGGAAUGCGAAAGGCCUCUGUUAUCUCAGGUAACGCAGCCCUGUAGUGGGCUGCAGCACGGUUCCGAUGCAAACACCAGCCCAGACAAAUCUGCUUUUCUCUCCCACGCCGCCGGGUACCAAGGCCUGGCAAAUGGCUUCUCGGGGGAUCGUCAGUCCCCUCCUCCAAGCCAGCAGGGCUACUACAAACUCGAACAGUCGGGACCCAUCACCAUCCUGUCCACAUCUACUGACGGCGUUCACUCCGCUGAGUCAACUCCAAGCAAGAACAGUGUCAACAGCUUUUUGGAGUCUCCUAUGAGUUAUCUGGACACCCCGACCAAGAACUUACUGAACACACCUUCCAAAAAACUGGCAGAUCUUCCUUCCUGUCAAUGUGUGGAACAAAUCAUUGAAAAGGAGGAAGGCCCGUACUACACCCACCUCGGAGCCGGACCCAGUGUUGCUGCAGUGAGGGAAUUGAUGGAAAACAGGUAUGGUGCCAAAGGAAAUGCAGUUCGAGUGGAGGUGGUUGUUUACACCGGGAAGGAAGGCAAGAGCUCCCAGGGAUGUCCGAUCGCCAAAUGGGUGAUCCGGCGCGGCAGUGAGGAGGAGAAGCUGCUGUGUUUAGUCCGCCAGAGGCCAGGGCACCACUGUGACGCCGCCGUGCUGGUGAUUCUGAUCCUGGCGUGGGAGGGAAUCCCUCGACCGGUGGCGGACCACCUCUACCAGGAGCUGACACAGACCCUCUUUAAAUACGGCUCCCCCACCAGCCGCCGCUGUGCACUCAAUGAGGAUCGCACGUGUGCGUGCCAGGGUUUGGAUCCGGACACCUGCGGAGCCUCGUUUUCUUUUGGUUGCUCCUGGAGUAUGUACUUCAACGGCUGUAAAUUUGCCCGCAGUAAAGUGCCCCGCAAGUUUCGUCUGCUUGGAGACUACCCUGAAGCGGAAGAAAAGAUUGAAAACAAUCUUCAGAGUCUUGCCACUGAUCUUGCACCUCUCUACAAAAGACUGGCUCCUGAAGCUUACCAAAACCAGGUGGAAAAUGAGACAGCAGGUGGCGACUGCCGGCUGGGCAGGAAGCCUGGACGUCCUUUCUCCGGGGUCACAGCCUGUGUUGAUUUCUGCGCUCACGCCCACAAGGACACUAGCAACAUGAAUAAUGGCAGCACUGUGGUUUGCACAUUAACUAAAGAAGAUAAUCGCGCGGUGCGUAAUAUCCCGGAAGAUGAGCAGCUCCACGUGCUGCCACUUUACAAGAUCUCGGACUGGGAUGAAUUUGGCAGGGUUGAGGGCCAGUGGGCCAAAAUCCAAACUGGUGCUCUGCAAGUUCUGUCUGCUUUUCCUCGAGAGGUUCGUCUGCUUGCUGAGCCAGUGAAAUCAGCCCGUAAGAUGAGGCAGGAAGCCCGUCAGAAAGCUCAGGCAGAGAAACUGGAGAAGAAGAUGAGCCUGACUCCUCUCACACCAGGAAAAGUAAAAAUCGAAACACCCAAUAAAGAUCCACAGAGCUACUACAAUGCUUACAAACUACCACAAAGGCCUGCCAGCACUGGAAGGUACCCUCCGGAGAGGAAUCAACCCAGCACUUACAACCAGACGAACAGCAGCUACCCUCCGAUCGGGGCAGGGUUUACCCCCCAGAGGGACGUCCUCAGCCCCAACCACCACGGCCUGCCCGGCCACCAGACGGGACAGAUCGGCUCGGCUCUCCAUUACAAGACAAUAAGCGAUGCCGUGAACGGUUUCCCUCCAGCAUCCAGCGAUCAGAGUCCUUUGUCGGGACGUUUACCUCCUCAUAACCCCCUGGGUAACUACCCCAGUCCUUUCAAAGCUGAGCCCAGUGAGGCGCACUGCUCACCCCUGCGCAGCAUGGCCCACAGUGGGAAUGCUCAUCCUCCCCCUCCCACCUCCUACUCGCCCAGGCCUACCUCUGAAGGCCUCUUCAGCAGACUCAAUGGACUCCACGGGCCUGCAGCAGAGGCCACAGGAGAGGUCAGGGUUCAUGACCUCUCUUCGGUUUCAUCCCUGCCUCUCCCAGUACAAACUCCCCCACUGGAAACAGAGGAUGUCAAACAGGAGGAGGUGUGGUCAGACAGCGAGCACAACUUUCUGGACCACGAAAUAGGAGGGGUGGCCGUGGCACCGGCGCACGGCUCCAUCCUCAUCGAGUGCGCCAGACGGGAACUCCACGCCACCACCCCUAUCCUCCGGCCGAACCGCAGCCACCCCACCCGCAUCUCCUUGGUCUUUUACCAGCACAAGUCCCUGAACGAGCCCGGCCACGGGAUGGCGAUGUGGGACGCCAAGAUGGCCAAACGAGAGCGGGACCGGGAGGAGGAGGCCGAGAGGCUACGGCUGGAGGGCAGCCCCGGCAACAGCGUCGGGAAGACCGGCAAGGGAGGGGCGGAAAGGGAGGAGGACACGGGUGAGGAGAAGGAGGAGACGAGGACGAUGUCGGACGUCCCCACACGGCAGGCGUGGACUCUGCCGAGGGACGGCGUGAUCACCGUGUCUCCUUACGCCCUCACUCAGGUGACGGGCCCUUACAAUCGCUGGACUUAGCCCGUACGUUUUGCACCUAAACACACUCACACGCAUUACACCCAGAAAACUCCUACACUGUGUGCUUCUGCCUUACCUCAAUCAACUUCAUUCUGCUACUCUCAUUUUUUUUUUUUAAUGUCGUUUUUCAUCGUGCUUUUUUCCAAUAUCUGUUCACUUUUGUCUUUCGUCUUCGUAGUGACGAGAAAGACCCAAAGUUUAUUUGGCUUUUUAACUGUGAGUUUCGGUGUUGGAUUUUAUUGUAAAGACAUGGUGCUUUGAAGCAUUUAAAGACGUUUUUAAAACUGGUUUUAUAUACCUGAUUAAGAACAAAAAGAUGUGAUUAUUUAUUAUGAUCAUAACGAUUUCUAUUUAAUUUCUGGUGUACGCCUGUUUACUGCAAGAUUUCUAUGAUACUCUGCUUCAUGUGUUGACCCUCAGAUUUUUAUGCUGUACAGCUGGUCCUUUUUUUUUUUUUUAAGCCAACAGUCCUCCUCUCAUGAGACGAUUCUCAUUGGCUCAUCGGUGCCAUUCUCACUGUAAUCUCUGUCAAGCAAAAGUCAUUACACCACAUGAUGUAGAGAUCCAGAGUGAUAAUGUGCUCAUAUUAACUACAGAUUGUCACAUGUAGCAUUGUGUAUUUCCUUUUCCUCCAUCUGACUUUAGCUGACAGUUGUGGAAAGAAAUGUACUUCUUUAGUUUAUUUUGUUUUACUUUCACUUCAUCUGGAUGAUUUGUCUUUCAUUCACAGAUAUGUAUAACAUAUUAAGAAGCACUUUUUUUUUUCUUUUUUUUUUUUUAAAUUUCCUAAACUUAACUUGAAAAUGGUCCCGGUCAAUCGGCCUGAAUAUGUAUGUACAGACAGAGUUAUAUAUGACAGUUCUGCAUGAACCCUGUUUUAUUUUCUUUCUUUCUUUCUUUCGUUUUUUUUUUUUUUUUUUUUUUUACAGUAUUUCUGCAUAUAUUUGCUUUUCAUUCAUUUGAAUGGAAACGGCAUACAUAUCUAAUGAAAUUCCAAACGACGAGGAAUCGCGAAAUGCUGCAUCGGUGCAAUGCUCAUCAUUAUCAGCACUUAAGUUGUACGUUCAGCAUGUGGAAACAGGAAUUCAACAAUCUUUUAUAGGGAACAAGUGUGGUUAUAGGAAAUCAGAAGCUUACUUUGCAUUUUAAUGGUGCUAACAAGACUUGUUUUUAUACAGAAACCACAAAGUGUCUGAUACAUCCACUAAACAUUGCCAGCUGUCAUGUCCACUCUGUGUUCUGAUACAAAACUGCGUUAGCCACUGCUGAGUAAUCAUGCCGGUUCCUCCUCUGUUUUUUGUUGUAAAACCACUCAGACAUCGGAUUCCACUCAGACAAUUGCCUCAGACAACUUUGGGUGCUCGGCCCCUGUGAAGACUGUGUUUACAGUUCGUGUUUAUACAGGGUCAGAAUAAAGGGGUUGCAUUGAAUCAGGACUUUUAUGAACCUGUCGAUUUAAAAUUUAGCACAGCCCAUUAAACAAUUUUGCUUCUAUUUAUACUAACACUGAUGGCACGACAUUUUUUUUGUAGAAAAAUUUUUAACUUCGAACACUUGCUUUUGGUGCUAAUAGGAAAACCUGUCAAGGGACACUCAGACUUCACAUGGGUCUUUACUUACAUAGUUGUGAUGGCAUGGUGCUUUUUUUUUAAAAACCCGAACUGUCACUGAUCUGAUGUAUUCACCGCGAUGGUCACCAGUUCUCUCGAUCGUUACGAGAUGGCAACACACUGAGAUGUAUUCAUGAGUCAUUUUGCUGUACAAGAGCAAAAAAAAAAAAAAAAAAAAAAAAGCGAAUUACUGCAGAGGUCUGUCUAGAGUUCAAAUGUCUUCCACAGAAAACGAAAACUCAACAAUUCACCAGAACCACAACAAACAUGCAAAAUAAAUGAAUGUAAACUGGUUUUAGAAAGUCAACAUUUUUAAACGUUGUGUGAUAAACUUAGAAUUGUAAAUGUUUCUUUGGAAAUACUGUGGGGGACAACCUUGUUCCACAUUGAGCGUUUUUGUAUCAACAAUGAACUAACAAUAAGCACCAGCAUUCAAAAACCUGAAUAAACUUUUCUUAGUAAAAAAAAAAAAAAAUAGUGUAAAUAUGUAUGUGAACCACAUUGUUUUUACUGUAUUGCUAAUGGUGUUUUGACAAUGGGUGAUCUUGCUUAUUUUGAAACUGAAUUACUGUACUUGCUGAAAGUAUAUCCAGUUUAGACUUGAGAAGAGACUACAUUUAGCAUUCCUUUUACGGAAGGCUGAUCUCUUUCAGGAUUGUGAAAUAAAAUCAUAUUUAUA